AUUCAAAACUGAGUUUUUAUCACCAUUGAUCUUCCUAAGAUUUCCUUAGUCGAAUGUAGUUUCUUAUUUAUUGCGAGGAGUUUUUUUAAGGUACGGAACCCUAAUAUAUCAACAAAGAAAUACAAUAUAGCCAAUGGAAUCUUCUAGCGUUCCUCCGGGAUUUAGGUUCCAUCCGACGGACGAAGAGCUUGUAGGGUACUAUCUAAGGAAGAAAGUCGCAUCGCAAAAGAUCGAUCUCGAUGUCAUUAGAGACAUCGAUCUCUACAAAAUUGAACCAUGGGAUCUACAAGAGAGAUGUCGAAUCGGGUAUGAGGAACAAAAUGAAUGGUAUUUUUUUAGUCACAAAGACAAGAAAUAUCCAACGGGUACAAGAACUAACAGAGCGACCAUGACUGGAUUUUGGAAAGCCACCGGAAGAGACAAAGCUGUUUAUGACAAAACAAAACUGAUUGGGAUGAGGAAAACUCUUGUGUUCUACAAAGGACGUGCUCCUAAUGGCCAGAAAUCCGAUUGGAUCAUACAUGAGUACCGGCUCGAGUCAGAUGAAAACGCACCGCCACAGGAAGAAGGGUGGGUCGUUUGUAGAGCGUUUAAGAAAAGAGCAACAGGGCAAACCAAGAACACGGAACCUUGGAGCGCAAGUUACUUCUACGAUGAAGCCGUAUCAAGUGGAGUUAACUCGGUUCUAGACCCCAUUGAGUACAUACCUAAUCAGCAACAUGACAUUUUCGGAAAAGGUUUUAUGUGUAAGCAAGAGCUAGAAGGAAUGGUUGAUGAUCUAAACUAUAUGCAUUCCUAUCAUCAAUUCAUUCAGCUUCCGCAACUCCAAAGCCCUUCUCUCCCGGUGAUGAAAAGACCAUCAAGCUCGAUGUCUAUAUCAUCAAUGGACAACAGUACUAACUACAUCACCUCCUUGGAAGAUGAAACAAGCUAUGAGUCAGUAAUAAACGGAGAGAAUAAGAGAAAGAAUAAGAAGAAGCAAGUAACUAAGAUGGGAGACUGGAGAGAGCUAGACAAGUUUGUUGCUUCCCAACUCAUGAGCCAAGAUCAUGGAACUUCAGAUUUAGUUGGUCAUCAAAUAAAUCAUGAAGAUAUAGAAAUGGAUUCAUCGUUGUUGUUGAUCGAGAGAGACGAAGAGAACAGAUUCGUUAGUGAGUUAUUGAAUUCAAACACUGGUUGUGAUACUGGGAUUGCGUAUUUGAUGAAUGAAACUAUAUAAAUGCCAUGUGAGAUUUAAUUUGUUGAUCCGCUUGCCUUAUGUUAUACUCAAUAUGCAAAUAUUAACAGUAUUGUGCGAAUUAAAAUAUGUCUAUGAUGAAAAUAUGCUUUA